CCCUUUUGCUGCUGGUUUAACUGAGGAACAUUCUACUCAAUCUACAGCUGCAAUGUUAUUGAUUAGGAGAAAUCUUUGCUCGGAUUGAUUGAGAGUACUAGUACUAUCUGCCGUGCUCGGCCGCGUUCAAGGGACCGGUUUACAUACUGGCUGAGUCCAACAGCGGGAAGAUGAUUAAAGGAAUAUUCUCGACUUUGUCACGCACAAAAUUUCGGCUUGGAAUUCCCAAGCUCUUUGAACAGACCUCAUCGCCAUUACCGGGUCGUCGUUCUGUGGAAGAACCGAACUUCUAUGAGAAAGGGGGCUUCCACCCGAUCUCGUUAGGAGACACUUUCGACUCUGGGAGAUAUACUAUUCUCAGGAAAUUAGGCUAUGGACAAUAUCUUCACUGUUUGGCUUGCGAGAGAUUCCAAGGUAGAGCACUUUGUUGCUCUUAAGAUACUCAGAGCUGAUUGCUAUGGCGGUCCUCGUGAAAUUUUUAAGAAAGAGAUGCUUCUCAAGAUCUCCAAAGUAUCUGAAAAUCAUGACCACCAAGGCUGUGACUAUAUUUCACAUCUCCUAGACCACUUCAAACAUCAAGGGCCAAAUGGUGAACAUGUAUGCUUCGCAUUUGAUGUUCUAAGAAGUCAUCUUGAUUCCCAAGCUGCUAAAUAUGAGGAUGGAAGAAUUCCCGUCGCAAUGGUAAAAACAAUUACACGACAACUUCUGCUUCGAUUGGAUUUUCUUCAUAGGGAAUGUGGCAUUAUCCAUACUGAUAUAAAGCCCGCCAACAUUCUUUUUGAGUUGGAGAAUCCAAUGCAAGAUAUCUCAUGCUAUCUGUCAGAAACUUCUCCUCGAGUGGAUAACCAGAGUGGCCAUGCAAAGCCGCUUCGAGAAGUUAUUAGGACGCCAUUAGUCUCGCAUAUGAAACAUCCCCAUAUAAGAAUCAUUGAUUUCGGUGUUGCCUCUUGGGAAAGCAACCAUCUCUCAGAUGUAAUCCAGUCUCCAGCUUUGAGAGCACCCGAGGUCACAAUAGGUGCGCCAUGGGAUUCCGCUGUUGACAUAUGGAGCCUUGGGUGUCUGGUUGUGGAAUUCGUUCAAGGAAUAGUGUUGUUUUCCAGUGAAGCAUCAGAAAAAGGGUCCUGGACGGCGGACGACGACCGUCUUGCAAGAAUGAUUGAGAUUCUCGGUCCCUUUCCAACUGAAUUUCUCAAGAGGGGCAAGCAUACGGCUGGUUUUUUUGACAAGCACGGUAAUCUUCGCCGAAUCCCAAACUUGAAAGCAACCAGUCUUGAGCGCCUUUUAAACGGCACGGAAAAGCCCUUCUUGAAGCCUGACGAUAUGCCGGAAGCUGAGAUGCCUGUCUUUUUGGACUUCCUCCGGGGCAUGCUUUCAAUCGAUCCAAAAAAUCGAAAGUCGGCUGCUGAAUUACUGCAGCACAACUGGCUCAAGACAGAACACUGUCCUUAACUAAUCUUUCUGCUUUCAUGUCUUCGCUCUGUGCAUGGUGAUUUAAGUGACCACCAGGGUCUACUAUCACUUAUGGCUUUACUAUUAUUAAUUCUCUAUUUUUCUUAUGAUACCAAACUAC